AUGGCCCUGCUGGAUGUCUUCUCUUGCUUGACAGCAACUCUCUUUGUCCUUACUCUGAUACUCCUCCUGAAUCAAAAACUUCAUACCUCCAUUUGUUCUCACCCCCCUUACUGCUGUGCAGAGCAUCAUGCUCUUUUGGCUCUGUCGCCACCAUGUGCUCCCCCAGGCGCCUUGCCUAAUUGGGCCACCACCAACCAGCACUCCAGCAAGACGCGCCCUGACACCCAGCCACCACAACAAGCUUCCCCUGUGCCAUCGAUCUUUUCCGGAUGGUAUUCAUCUCAUCCUUUCAGACUGCUUCACAGAACUGUUCAGGAAGGAGACGAAAGUGCUCUACCUCCGCCAGAUACGUCUCGAAUCCAAAGCCUUCCCAGCCAUUCGAGCGAAGGUUCGAACGUCUCACCCCCGACUUCCCCUUACAAGGCAUCAAGAAGUCCCCCGAAGACAAUGGAAUCUGUGAAAGUCAACGACGAUACUGGCACCACCGCCCAGGAGGUGCAGUUGCUGAAGCAGCGGAUCGAAUCCCUGGAAAAGGUUAUUCUCUCCCUGCAGGCAAACCAACGACUGCACGAUCACAGAAUCACGUCACUGGAGAAGCAGCGUGACGAUAAAUUCGCCUAUGUCGCUGGCGUCGGUAGCAAUCAUGCGGGUCUCUCCUUCCGUCCUCAGGAACUUUCCGUCGCAGAGACUCGCAAGGACCAGACUCCGUGCAAAGCUCAGAGUCAGGCUGCCACACAAGCUUCUGCGCUUCGCUCUUCGUCUAUUCAGUCUGUCGACUCCAUUCUUUUCGGACAGUCUGCCGAUAACGCUUUAACCCCUCGCGGCACUGGACAGCAGUCUGCUGCCGUUCGCACGACUUCUUCUGGCAGUCUUCUUGAUGAUGAAAAGUAUCAUGGGCUUGACGCCCCUGUCCUCACCCCAACCCGUUCUCUUGCAAAACCGACCGUGAGCCGUGAAGACACUUCAUCUACCCAAGACCUGCUCAUCAUCGAUUCCCCUUCUGCCACCAAGAAGCUACCCGUUUGGGACGGUAAGAUCCAUUGGGCAAUGGACCGCCUCUUCGACAACGAAAUUGAGGAGUUGAAGGCGCUUACCAAUCCGAGCAAUGAGCUUCCAAACCACGGUCGGCUGGCAGAUCAGUGGGUGUUCCAGUAUGGCCUUCGCUACAAGCCGGAGCCCGAUGAGUCGAACGUCUACCGCACGGUCAAGAUCGAGGAGCUUCCUCUUGACGUGCGGAUGGAUCAAGUCCUGAGCCAGGUGUGCUGCGGAGACGUCUUCUCCGCGCAGCUGCUGAACACGAAGGAAAUCACAGGCUACCACACCGCAAUUGUGAUUUUUCUGCAGCAACGUCAGGCCGAGAACUUUGCUCGCUAUGCGGCAACGGAGGGCAUCUUCAUCAACGGCACCAGACUCAAGGUGACCGUCGUCAACACCCCGACCUACCCCAUGUCUACGGAGCUCGAGACUCUCAUCUGGCACGAGGGAUAUACCCGCUGCGUCGCCCUGUACAACUUCCGCGAGGAGCUCAUGGACGUGCUCCAAUUUGUCAUCCAGCGAUCGAUCUGCGGCAACUACAUCGAGUGCAUCGAGGACGGCUGGAAUGAGAACGAGAUUUGCAUCCGUUUCCACUCGAUCAAGAUUGCCGCCAAAGCGUAUGAUCUGCUUACGGCUCAUCCGAGCUUUCUCGAAUGUCGUAUCGGCUUCGUCCCAGAUCCGUGCACGCGCGCGCCAAAGUAA